CUCCAGCCAAUCAUACAGCGACUUCUCAUUCGAAUUCAAAACUGCUCAUACGGUCUACUAGUUCAGGCGCAUUGUUUGAAUCUCACUGCGAAGCAGCAUGAAAAAUGCAGCCGGCCUAAACACUUGUAGUUAGCGUUUUACUUUGACGUCGUCUUAUAUCCUUCAAAUGUAUUUUCAGUUUCGUGGGAUUUAACGAUUUUAAACUUACGACAGUACAAUAUUCCCGGAAAACGAACAACGAACGUCCGUCCAACCUUUCGAAAAGGGUAAAUGGCAUUUUCUUUGUCCUCGACCUGUGCGUCACCUUUUGACGAAGGAGAGGACAUGGCUGUCUUUGAGUCCACUGCAGCAGACUAUGGAGGAUUGGGCAUGUCACGUCUGCCCGAGCUCUCUGUCAUUUCACCGGGCCUGGACCCUCAGAUAUCCAAUAUGGGGCUUAAAGUGGCUGUGAAACCUGCAGUGAUGAAGCCAGACAGCAGUGAUAAAGACGACACAGAGAGGGUCAAGGUCUUCCUGCGGAUACGACCCUUCACACAGGAGGAGCGAGAGAGGGGCGAAGACCAGGAAUGUGUGGACAUACAAGAUGAAGAGACACUGCUGCUUAAAGCUCCAAGGUGCUCUCAAAACAUGAAGAUGGCUGAGAGGGGCAUCUCUCAGAGCAUGCACAAGUUCACUUUCUCCAAGAUUUGUGGACCAGAGACGACGCAGCAACACUUUUAUGAGUGUACCAUGAAGGAGAUGGUCACGAAUGUUCUUCGGGGCAACAACAGACUCCUUUACACUUAUGGAGUCACCAAUUCUGGAAAGACCUAUACUAUUCAAGGGACCCGUUGUGAUGUAGGCCUCCUACCCAGAGCUUUAGUCUCUCUUUUCAAAAGACUUCAGGGUCGUCUCUAUCAGGCGAUGGACCUGAAGCCUGUCUUGUACCAGGAUGUGAGACACCUAGAGCCCUCCGAGGUCAGGGUGGAGGAAAUCCGGAGAAAUUCUCUGCUCAAAGAGGAUGAGAACAUGAGUUCUCGUCGAGCUGGAAACACAACAAUAUGGGACAGUGGGAUUGGAGGACUUUCUACUGCCAGCAACAUCGCUAUCCAACUGGAUGACUGUGACAGUGUGUGUCUGGAGCCUGAGAGCAUGUCCCAAAGUGGUGGAGACGAACUAGAGGAAGGGGUGCAGUUCUCAAUCUGGGUGUCCUUUUAUGAGAUCUACAACGAGUUUCUGUAUGACCUGCUGGACGCGGCACCUUCUCUACAGCCGAGAAAAAGGAUCACAUUGCGGCUGAGUGACGACAAGCACGGCAAUCCCUAUGUGAAGGACCUUACAUGGGUCCAAGUCUGCAGUGCAGAGGAAGCCUGGAAAAUUUUGAGAGCUGGACGUCGUAAUCAAAGUUUUGCCAGCACCCACCUCAACCAAAACUCGAGUCGUAGCCACAGCAUUUUCUCCAUCCGUGUCCUCCACAUCCAUCCAAGUGCAGAAUCUGGUCAGAACAUGCACAUCAGCGAGCUGACUGUCUGCGAUCUAGCUGGGUCGGAACGCUGCAAAGCGCAGCGCUGCGGUGAACGGAUGAAGGAAGCUAACAACAUAAACACCUCCCUCCUAACACUGGGGCGCUGCAUUGCUACUCUGAGACACAACCAGACUAACAAGUCACGGCCCCCUCAAGUGGUGCCGUUCAGGGACAGCAAGCUGACACGAGUGCUCCAAGGUUUUUUCUGUGGCCGAGGAACUUCCAGCAUGGUGGUCAAUAUCAACACAUGUGCCUCCAUCUAUGAUGAGACACUGCAAGCCCUCAAGUUUUCAGCUAUUGCGUCCCAACUGGUCAAUGCACCCUCCACUAAGAACAGAGUGUCCUAUAUCCAGUCUCUGCUGCGUGAGCCAGCCAACAGGAAUGACAGCACAUUGUCGGAAGAGGAUGAAGAUGAGAGUGAUGUUGAAGAUGGAGAUAUCACCUUGUUGAAUACCGAAUCUUUGCUGCAGGCCAUCGACAUCCUCAAGCGGGAGGUGCAGCGGCAGCAGGAAGUAAAAGAACUUCUAGAGGCUAAUGUUAGGGAGCAGGUUGUCUCUGAGAUGAUGGAGGUCAUCUCCAGAAUGCAAGAUGAUUUCAGUGAGACCUUAGAGACAGAGAGAGCUCUAAUUGAAGAGCGCUGUGAGGACAAGAUAACAAACCUGCAGAAACAUUUGAAGAAAUUCUUUAGCCAAGAGUUAAAGGAAAGGGAUGAAGAGAUUGAGGAACUGUCUGCUGCCCUCAAAAAGAUGACUAGUAAGGCAGGCCCAAGCUCUGCUCCUGCCCUUGAACCUGAACCUAAACCUGAACCUGAACCCGAGGGGCUUCGACGGUCUAACCGGCUCAGCACCCAGACAAACACCCGAAUGCGUGAAGAGCUUGAAUUGUGUCGUGCUGAGUUGCUUACCAAGACUCAGGAGGUGACCCAGCUGAAGAUCCAGCUGGAAGCACCAGGCUCAGCGGUCACCAACGCUGCCAACCGCAAGCUGGAGGAGGGACAAAGGAAUCUGCGUCAGCUGCGCUUGGAUUUACAGAAGCUCGGCUCAGACCUGCAGUCUGGCGAGCGGGCCUGCUGCCGUAAUACCGGAGGAGAGAAGUUGCGUCAGGCUUUGGCUGCGGCAGACGAAAUGCUAAUUAAACAGGACCAGAUCCUGGUGGAACUGCAGAACGGUCUGGUGCUCGUGAAGGCUGACCUGAGGCGCAAGGCCGAGACACCGGUUCGGGAGCAGGCCACCCAGCCUCACCAGUUACCCUGCUUGGGCUUUGCCACACCAAUUUCUUGCAAGAAGCGGGGAUGUGGUGCUGUCAUAGCCAGCGACUCUGAGAACAAGCCUCCUCAGAAGAGACCCUUUUACCACGCUUUGUUCCCCACGCCAACACGUAAAUACAACACACGCAAUGCUGCAGACACUAACCUAACUCCUUACUCUCGGAUCUUGAAGUCACGCCAGCAGUCUCCGCCUCGGAGCCCUGCCCUCACACCUCGGCCUCUACGUGGGAAGUACUAAGCGUCUUCACGCUUCAUGGGGAGCAGAUCUUGCAUUAUUUUGACUAUAACGUUAUCCCCCUUUUUUCUUCUUGGUGUCUUGACUCCAGUUCUGAUGUCACCCAAGUAAACAACGUUAAAUGAAGUUGUAUAUUUACGAAGGGAAAUGUUUAAAAUUAUCUGGCUAUCGGUUUUGCUUCACAUGUGGUGGAUAAUGGCAGAGACAAGGUUCAUUCUGCCUUGGAAUACAGUUUAAUGUUCUGUGAAUAUGACGAGUUGCUUACCUCACGUUUUUGCUUUCUGACUUUUACAAAGAACCUUAAAAUAAAAUAUAAUGCUUCCCA